AUGUCCAAAACACCAACAGGUCUUCAGGACUCAAUCUGGGCCAUAAACGGGCGCUCCCGUCUCGCAAACUCAGCUCCUUCAACGCGCUCGUCUUCACAGCCUUUAACACGCGCCUCCUCACAACCUUCACGGCCUUCACGACCCCCACCAUCCUCAACCCCUCCAAGAAAUCCAGUUUCCAUAACAACAUCGACUACGCGCUUGAACCCAACACAAGCUUUCCACCGCUUCGAACAGGCUUGCCAUCGUCUACGGUGGAAGUACAUUGAUUUACAGACUUCAUACCACCGCGCGUUAAAUCCAGAGGAAUUCGGGUUCUUGGUCACAGACGCGGAGCGGAACUUUAAAGUCGACUUCCAUGAGUUUUACGCAUGGAUCGAACAAGCGCUUGUUCUGCUUCUGAUGGUUUUCGGUAUUUCAGUAUCGCGCGGCACUUUAUACAAGACGGGAAAUCACACAUAUCACGAGAAUGUGCUCACAGAGCUAGAAAUGCCAGAUUGUCCGGUCCACGAAGCGUUGGGGAGGGGGGAAGUGAACCAAGCACUUCGUAAGGCGAAAGAGCUUCGAAAUCGGUGGAAGGAUGUUACUGAGGGCAAGGAAACGCCGCCGUUGAAGAUGUAUGAUUUGACGUGGCUUGUUGGGCAGAUCCUGGGAGGGUUGGAGGUUGGGUAUAGCAUUGCGGCGGGGAGAAUGCAGGAGACGGUGCAGAGGCAUUGGGAUGAUGAUGAUGAGCAUAUGGGUAUGGGAGAGGCUCAGGCGGAUGAUGAGUGGGAGUGGAUGGUUGAACCGAUGGAUUGGGAGGUUGCGUAG